CGGUCGGGGGGAGGUUUUGGCGCCAUUGAACGAGACGCUGAUAUCGACCACGCGAGGGCAGCACGAGAUGGCAUCGCCAACAUCCCCGCGUAUCUGAAAGUGUCCUCCUGCAACCCCACAUCAAACUCGUGCUCCUCCAAACCCCAGUCCGCUCCCCAAACAUGCGACUUUACGAGGAGCCGUCGUCUCGACUGAGAAGAAAGCUCGUCAUUGUCGGUGAUGGAAAUAUCGGCAAGUCGGCCCUGCUGAUGGUGCAGAGCGGAAAAGACUUUCCCGAGGAGUAUGUGCCCACGAUCUUUGAAAACUUCAUCUCGCGGAUCCAAUUGGGAAAGAAGCUUGUUGAGCUCUCGCUCUGGGACACCGCCGGACAGGAAGACUAUGACCGCUUGCGGCCCUUGAGCUAUCCUGAUACCGAUGUGGUGCUCCUGGCGUACUCUAUCGCCGAGCCCUCGUCGUACUGGAACAUUUUGGAGAAGUGGAGUCCCGAGACAUCGCACUUUCUGUACAAUGUGCCUUCUAUUCUAGUCGGUCUGAAGCUUGAUCUUCGCGACGAUCCCGAAAUCAAGGAGCGUCUCCGAAAGAGUGGCUCCAAGCCCGUCAGCUUUGAAAUGGGCGAGGACAUGAUGAACCGCAUUCGCGCCUCCAAGUUCUUCGAAUGCUCAUCCAAGGCCGGCACCGGAGUCGAGGAAAUCUUCCUGGCUGCCGCCAAGCUGUCCAUCAAGCCGAGAAAGGCUUCGCAAAAGUGCAAAAUGAUCUAG